AUGAAGACUUUCAGCGCAAGGCACAGGAUCUACUUACUGUACCGGCAGAGCCAAGCGGAAGAGUCUAUGGUCAGCUUCAUCCGAGACAAACUAAUCCGGAGAGGCUGUUCUGUAGUCCGCGACAUCAAGCAAAGUAACACUGUGCUGGUACUCCUGACCCCCGGAGUUUUCGAAUUCAUCGACACACCUGAUGAUAAGGUCUCCAAUGAACUCAUCUACAUACUCCGGCGUUGCAAAGAUCAUCGAGUUCUCGGGAUCCUCUGCGAUCUGUUCGUAUGGCCGGACUCGAUGUAUCUACCUGAGGAGAUUUUGGGGCUCAAAUUAUGUGACGCUAUCGAAUGGAGUUUGGAAAACCGAGACGCUUUCAUGACGUGUCUAUUGGAACGUAUCGACCCCUCGCUGCUGACCAUAAGGAGCUGUCCUGCUUCGCCCGAGAUUAUCUACGAAGAAGCUGCACAGAUUCCGAACGGUGGCGAAGGUCGCAACGGAGUAUCAACACGAGCCAGAACCAAGGAGGGUUUCGACGGCGGACGGAGAGGAAGCGCUUUCUAUUUCGAUGAUAUCAACCAACACGUGGAACAGAAAACGAAAGGCGCCCACGAGGACCGAGGUGGGCCCGUCAACACGAGUGACGGCAACGACUUCGAGGAAAGUUCCGGUAUGGAACUAUAUCAGCCACCCGAACUCCCGGACAGCAAUCACACGUCUCCUCUCCCAUCCGGCGCCGUGCCUGCUUACAAGCCACCACAGAUUUCCCGAGAUGGGAGUCUCUCGAAUGGAGAAUCGAAUUCUCAGAAGGAGGCGCCUGAAAUCAGCUCGACGACGGGGGCUGAAACAGAGGGGGACGUAAUGCUCCGUAGGAAUCAAAACGUCGACUACUCUCCAGAGCUCCCGCUCGAUAUCGAGGACGCAAAGAAGGGAACACAAUCGCCGAGUGUGCGCACAGCUACGAUACGACCGACGAGUGGUGAUAAGGUUUCAAUUUAUGUUCCUCCACCCACACCUCCGUGCUUGGAGAGGAAUGAAAUCGGCAAGGAUGAAUUCGAUACCGGAGAAGAUGACGAGAUCACAGGACAUGCACCUUCUCAGGGCAUAACGACGACAGUUGAGGUCGAACAGAUUCCAAGUCCUAGAAGCGCAGGAGAUCCGGCUCCCGUCGAUGCCAGAGCUGGAGAUGAGGCAACACAACACGUGGCGCGAAGACGUCUACGGGCUCAGCCUAUGCCACGACCUGCCAGCGCGCCUGAGAGAUCUAUCGACGGUGAUCUCAUAUAUCCCGAUCAGCAGAGACGUUUCACCCAACCGUAUGGCAGAGGCUCGCCGAAUUCGGCCUCCGGUGCACGCGUUGAGAGAAAAUCGACGAUAGGAAAGUUCCUGCACCGGCGAACGUUCACACUGCCCAAAGACUCCGAGAUCCGUCACGGGAGAUAUGCUGACGAGCAUCCCUACGGGAACAAUGGAACCUAUCGGAAGUACAAUCUGGACGACGAGUUCUGUGACGAGAGCUACUUCGCAAUAAGGAGGUUCACUCUGCCGAGGAUCAGCGUCCGCGCAUCCAGACGCAACAGCUCCAGGAGGCAGUCCCGAAACGUUCCACACGAUGUCGGUCCCAAGUCAGGGAGAUCCACUUCGGUGGUCGUUCUUAAUGAAACCGAAAUUCAUCGAUUCGUCCCGGAAAUUGAGCCGACUUCGGACGAGCCUCCCGAUGAGUCAGAGGCGCGCAGGAGAGAUGCCGGAUCGACCCCAAAAGGAGAACGGAAAACCUACGAAUCAGUAGAAGAGUAUCGACCCCCUGCAGAGCCUCGAAUUAAUUGCGAAUCAGCCAAAGGAAUCGACGACGAGGCUCCCUCUCAUGUUGAGAGUAGAGGAAACGGGGCUCGCGCAGAGCCCUGCGAUGCUCGAGAGCCAAGGUCAGAAACCGUCGAGGAGUAUAGACCCCCGCCAGUUCCUCAGACCGUCGAGGAACCACUCGUGGGUAUGAAAUCUCCCCCGAGAGGAUCGGCUCCCCGCGGAUACAGUCCACCGGAGGAGCCUGAGCCCGAAGAAUUCGCCUCGCCGGACUCCGCGUGGAGACCCGAGAUCCCGAAAAGCAGUCCCCCGGCGUUCGACAGCGACGUUCUCGAAUUCGUGGUGCUCCCAGCUCCACGGAAGCACAUAAUGGUGGACUACGCGCAGAGCAAAGAAGAUAGCUUCCCUGCGGAGCAAAUCGAACCUCUGCCCGAUCAGGGAAUGUACGUCCAACAAUGCAUUCCUCCGAGAAGAAUUCGGGCUCUUUCGGAACCGUCCGAUGUCGGAACUCACGUCCCAGACGUGAGAACCGCAGCUAGAUGGAACCAGGUUCAAGUCGAGGAUGUUUCUCGACACUCCCUGCAGGUCAGAGCAGGCUCAAGAGACCCUCGGUCGAGGCCGACUUCCGGGAAGAGUGAAGAUAAAUACAGACCUCCAUCAGAGCCGGCCGCAGCAGAUAAUCGGUCUUGGGUGAAAGAGCUCGGCUCUCAGAGAGAUACCGGAACGAAAUUCGAGCCCCGAGCUAAUGGGGAGCCCCCGAUCGCUGCCGAGCGGAAACUCAAACCCACGAUGCGCCGGGAGCCGCAUGCUGACGACGUGCAGCACAGAUUCGAACCGCUGGCGGGCAGGGUCUCCGAUAUGGACGAAGAAAACAAAGCGGACCCCACGCUCAAUAUAGAGACCGCGAGCCGUACUGAUCAGACGUCUUCGCCGGUACGGGACCUCCAAGCCGUGUUCAGGAAACCGUCUCUGCCGAGGGACAACAGCGUGGCGACUACCAAGCGGGGAGACGCGUCAACUGCACGAAGAGGAGAACCUCUCGUUUUCAAGGAAGGAAGCGUCGUCACUCGAUCCAUGGAAUCGGGAGAGGUCCCUAUUGUGGUGACGCGACGGAUCAAACCGAUCCCCCGGGCAUUUCCGCCGUUAUUGUCCGGAGUCAUCGGAGGAACUUCGUUAUCUCGUCAAUUUACAGAAGAGAACUCAUCGACAGAUCAGAAGAUACCUGUGGAAAGGACGCAACUCGUCACACCACCCGCUUCCGGGAGACCCAUGCAUUCCGGAGGCGAUGGGGGACCCUCCCCUUUCGGCCCAUCGAAGUCCCGCGAGACGGAAGCGCGUGAUCAUGAGAGCACCUCCCGAGGAAAACUCCCAUUCGAGUCUUCAACUCCCGCAGGCUCGAUUCACGUGGAAUAUGCCAAAUCUCUACUCAUUCCGGACGAAACGUACCAGGCCCCGCCUACGCCGAUAGCACCGAUCCCAAGACAAAGAAAUCGAGUAGUUCGAGAAUCGAGCGAAGUCCGUCGGGACGCCGAGCGCUCGCUGCCGCAUCAGUCAGUCCAAGCUGCGAAUUAUCCGCCGCCGCCGCAGUUCGAUGACGAGAUCGGACUUAUAAAUAAAAUCCAAUCGCCAAGAGUUCAUCGAGGAGAACACGAACCGCUUCCAGCCCCGCAGACGGCGUCUCGGUCGAGUCAGUUGACAUACGUGCCACCGGAACUCCCGAUCGCGGACGUCGAGUCCGACAAACGGAAGGCAACCUCCGCUCACAAUCAGAAUUUGAGCAACGAUGGUGACGACGAGGACGAUGGUGACGAUGGAACGACUGGAACGUGGGACCGCGAAAACCGCCGGAGACCAGCGAGUGAUUCCCAUAAGCAACUCAGUCGCGACAAACCCAUCGUCGACGACCAUGUUCAAGGCGAUAGGCGAACCAAGUCCGUGAUCGAAUACUCUCACUCGAAGAUGGAUCCCGUUUUGCGAGGACGAACUUAUUCGCUGGAUCCCAGACUCACGCGCGAUCUACGAGAAUACGUCGAGAGGCACAUUUGCGACGGGAAUUGCUGUAAGGUCGUCUGUCCUAGAAGACUCGCCUCGAACAUCGAUAACGUUCAUUUCGCUGAUGACGCACGCGUUCUCACGAACCUGGACGUACUCGGUCGGCGUAGACUUUCGUAUCUUCUGGCCGUGGAAGCUCAACGAUACGUGAGCUACAUCGAUUCUCAGUUCAUCAGCGCAGCCGGAGGAUAUGAGGGAUCGAAAACCCCUGACAGCGGUUGCGACCCAAACUCUAAAGUUUCUGAGCUCGAUAGCGAUGCCGCGAUCAGCGACGGUGAGUUCGUCUCCGAGAAAAAGGUCGCACAGGAACUCGCCAAAAUUGAGAAAAUUAGACGGAGAAACGCUCGAUUAUCCGGGAUCAUCCCCCCGCCUAACGCAUACGGUACCGCUGAUCGACACCAAGUGUACUGGAGCUCAGAACCGGAGAGCGAUAGAGGGGAGGGAACCCAAAAUGCCUACCGAGUCCCAUCGAGUCCGAGCGAGCAGCGUGUUCGUUCCCAGAACGAAUACGAGCCGCCUCAGCUUCCCGCGAACGACGAUUACUCCAGAAGCAACGGUGCCGCUCACAUGGGGCCGGAUAGAAUACGGAGCGCUCACGAAGUUGAUACGUACUCUCCACCAGAACUCCCGGCCGAAGAUGAACUCUCGAACGGAAUUCCGUCCAACCUGGCUGCGCGGGAAGCGAUGAAAAACAUCAUCGAGGGCAAAACCGUCUUCAGACCCCAGAACCCAGAGAGAACCGCGGUCCAAGACCAGAGAGAUAAGGAUGCAAGGGACGCGCAUGACCUAUGGCACUCGAUCUGGAGAGGAGCGGAUCCCUCUGAAAUUCCCGCGCUUAGCGGUCAGCAGAUCUUGACCCUAUUCGGUGUUAUGCGCCAUAUUUUGGGAACGAAAUCUAGGCUUAAAGAAGUUCGAGACGAUUUACUGACCAUCAUAAAGAAGAAUGGAAUGGGCUCAAGACGCUGA